AUGUCCGACACGAUACAGCGCCCCGAAGAGCCCGAGAAUGCUGGAACCAUUGAGCUCAAAGAGAAUACCACCAUAGUCGUCUUGGGUGCGUCCGGUGAUCUUGCAAAGAAAAAGACUUUCCCUGCACUUUUUGGCCUGUUCCGAAACAAAUUCCUGCCCCAGGACAUCAAGAUCAUCGGAUAUGCUCGAACUAAGAUGGACCAUGCUGAAUACCUCAAGAGAGUCAGAUCCUACAUAAAAACCCCAACAAAAGAGGUGGAGGAGCAACUCGACCAGUUCUGCUCCAUCUGCACAUAUCUUUCCGGCCAAUAUGAUCAAGAUGAGCCCUUCCAGAAGCUUGAUGAGGCCAUCAGGGAUAUCGAGAAGUCCCGUAAGGAGGGCAACAGAGUCUUCUAUAUGGCUUUGCCACCUAGUGUCUUCAUUCCGGUUUCAGAGCAUCUCAAGCGCAACUGCUAUCCUGACAAGGGUAUUGCACGAAUCAUUAUCGAGAAGCCUUUUGGUAAAGAUCUGGACAGUUCAAGAAAGCUACAGAAAGCCCUCGAGCCUGACUGGAAGGAAGAAGAGAUCUUCCGUAUCGAUCAUUAUCUCGGAAAGGAAAUGGUGAAGAAUCUCCUCAUCCUCAGAUUUGGAAACGAAUUCCUCGGUGCAACCUGGAACCGAAAUCACAUUGACAGUGUUCAAAUCACCUUCAAGGAGCCCUUCGGUACCGAAGGACGAGGUGGAUACUUCGACGAGUUCGGCAUCAUUCGAGAUGUCAUGCAGAACCAUCUGCUCCAAGUUCUGACUCUGCUCGCUAUGGAACGACCCAUUUCCUUCUCCGCUGAAGACAUUCGUGACGAGAAAGUCAGAGUCCUCCGUGGCAUUCCCAAGAUUGAGCCCAAGAACGUUAUCAUCGGACAGUACGGAAAGUCCCUCGAUGGCACCAAGCCUGCAUACAAGGAAGAUGACACAGUGCCCAAAGAUUCAAGGUGUCCAACAUUCUGUGCGAUGGUAGCAUUCAUCAAGAAUGAGAGAUGGGAUGGUGUUCCCUUCAUUCUCAAGGCGGGUAAGGCUCUCAACGAGCAAAAGACCGAGAUUCGCAUCCAGUUCAAGGAUGUCACAUCUGGCAUCUUCAAAGACAUUCCACGAAAUGAGCUGGUCAUCCGUAUCCAGCCUAACGAGUCUGUUUACCUCAAGAUGAACUCCAAGCUUCCCGGUUUGUCCAUGCAAACCGUGGUUACCGAGCUUGAUCUCACCUACCGCCGUCGUUUCUCUGAUCUGAAGAUCCCAGAGGCUUACGAGAGUUUGAUUCUUGAUGCCAUGAAAGGAGAUCACUCCAACUUCGUUCGUGACGAUGAAUUGGAUGCCUCCUGGAGAAUCUUCUCCCCUCUCCUCCACUAUUUGGACGAUAAGAAGGAAAUUGUUCCCAUGGAGUAUCCUUAUGGCUCUCGUGGCCCUGCUGUCCUUGACGACUUCACCGCAUCUUAUGGAUAUAAAUUCAGCGAUGCCGGUGGUUAUUCGUGGAACACAGCCUCCACACCCAACAAAUUGUAG